UAAAUAUUGUAAAAUUCCUUAAAUAAAUGUUCAUAGGUAGUGUGUAAUUUAUCAGAUAACAAAAAUUAAGACACGAAGAAAAUGAGUUGAAGUAAAAUAUCCAAAUAUGAGAUAAAAGAAAGAAAAAAAGACUCUCACCAAAAAAAAAAAAGCAAAAAAAAAAAAUUGUUGCUCCACCGUUUCCUCCCGCUCACCCGCCGUUGCAGCCACACCGCGUUAUCCUUCAACACGUAGUCCUUGUACCCUCGGCCGCCGUCCACCUCGCGGCCGUCGCCAAUGCUGGUGACGACCAAGGCGAAGACGGGGAAUCCAGCGGCGAUCAGGAUUAAGAAGAGCAUGGCGGUGAUGUGGAGCAGGAGGAGCCACCGGAUCCCGCAGCAGGCGCCAAGGAAGCCCUCGGCGGCGAGGAACCGGUCGCAUUGGGUCGUCAGGGAGCGGUGGUGGGGGAGGGAGGAGAUGAUGAUGGCAAGGGAAAGGAGGAGGGAGAUGAAGUUUAGGCCGCCGAGGAGGUACUGCUUAUGCUGGCCAUGGUUCUGUUUGGAUGGUGGGAAAAUGUGGGAGAGUUGAUGGGAGGAGUUUUAAGGGUUUUUUUGAUUAGAAAAUGGGAAUUUUUUAUUGAUGAAAACGGUUUGUUCAAUUUUGUAUUUAUGAGGUUUGAUUGAUGCAAUUAUGUGAUGUAAUCAACAUAUUUGUCUCCUUAAUUGUAUGUGAUGGGAGUGAUUAUCAUCACAUUGAUGAUUUAGUCAUUAACAUGCAUGCUUGAUUUCAAUUUUUCAGAUUUGGAUUGAAUUUGGAGGUCGAUGCAAACGUGGAUCAGCUUGGAUUUACCGAUGAGUAUGAUUUUAGUAGUUGGAUUUUAGUAGUUGGAUUUUAAGUUUUAUGUAGUUUCGACGAAGAGACAAAGAUAUGUUUGAUGGAUCAACUGGAACUUCGAAUUUCGUAUGUUGAUCGUACUUUGAAUAUGGUGCGUCUUCAUCUUCUGAUAAAAAGGGAGUGUUUAUUAUUUUACACGGAGCUUGAGAUCUUAUUAUGAAAGCUGCCACAUCACAUUGGAUCACUCUCAAUUUUCAGACGACAUUGUUAUUAUUGAUUCAGCUAAUGCAACUACGAGUGACUUGAUUCGAGGUCACACGAGGUGUUGUCUGGCAGUGUUCGCUUUGAACGAACUAAACUUAAGGUUAGGUAUCAAAAUUUUAUAUCAUUUCGAUGAAAAUUCAAACUAUGUUUGAUGGAUCAACUAAAUCUUCAAAUUCGCAUGUUAGUCAUACUUUUCUUGGUAUGUCAAGCAUCACGAGGUGUUAAGAGAGACCAAUAUUAACUAUCAUAAAUCGAAUCAACCGUCUCAAAAUUG